UGGAGGGAAUUCGAAAACAGACUUCGGGUGCAAGCACACUUUGAGUACAAACCUCUUUGACGAAAAAAAACUGUUAUUUUAUAACCGAUCCAAUCUAGACUAUGUCCACCUUAAUCCAAGCCCUUAACUUUCGUGGUGCUGAUCUACUCACAGAUAUUGUUCGCGAUCGAAAAAUAGCCGAUAAAGCACAUCAAAUGUGCUUCCAAAUGCUCAAAUUAACUCUCACUACCAUCCAAACCAAACAAAGAGGAUCAAGACUUUCUCUCACUCUCACUCUUCACUCUUCAUUCUCGCUCUCACUCUCACUCUCACUCAUGAACCAAUGGAGCAGCAGCAGCAUCAGCUAACGAAUUGCAGCACAUGGUCCACUGCUCCCAAGCUCCAUCAUCUUCUUCUCCAAAACCCCCAACGCAUUGCUUUUUCCAAUGCAAGGCGCCAAAAGCCGAAUCAGAAGAAGAAGAGUCUGAAUUGGCGGAUGCGAGGGUUUGGCAAUGAGGCUCCGGUGUUGGUGGUGAAGGCAAGUAAUGGAGGGGCAGGGACUGAUGUGGUGGAGACUGCGGUCGUCGACAGGCCAAAACUGCGUCGUUUUCAGGUGUUCCAGGGUCAUCCGAGCCCGUUCGGUGCCACAACGCGCGAUGGUGGGGUUAACUUCGCUGUUUAUUCCGCCAAUGCGGUUUCGGUUACUCUCUGUUUGAUCACUCUCUCCGAUUUAGAGGAGGAUAAAGUUACUGAGCAGUUAUCUCUUGAUCCUUUGACCAACAAGACUGGAAAUGUGUGGCAUGUGUUUCUGAAGGGAGAUUUCAAAGAUACACUUUAUGGAUAUAAAUUCGAAGGGAAGUUUUCUCCUGAAGAGGGACUUUACUAUGACUCUUCUAAGAUUGUGUUGGAUCCUUAUGCAAAGGCAGUUAUACGCAGAGGGGAAUAUGGGAAGCUAAGUCCUGAUGGUAAUUACUGGCCUCAAAUGGCCGGCACGGUACCUUCUUUUGAUGAUGAGUUUGACUGGGAAGGAGAUUUACCGCUGAAGUAUCCACAAAAAGAUCUUAUCAUAUAUGAAAUCCAUGUGCGAGGGUUCACAAGGCAUGAGUCAAGCAUGGCUGAAUUGCCUGGUACAUACCAUGGUUUGGUGGAGAAGCUUGAUCACUUAAAGGAGCUUGGGAUCAACUGUAUAGAGUUAAUGCCAUGUCAUGAGUUCAAUGAGCUGGAGUACUUCGGCUACAAUUCUGUCUUGGGUGACUACAAGGUAAAUUUUUGGGGAUACUCAACUGUCAAUUACUUUUCACCAAUGAUAAGAUAUUCAUCUGCUGGCAUACGUAAUUGUGGCCGUGAUGCAAUAAAUGAAGUCAAGUUUCUUAUUAAAGAAGCACAUAAACGAGGAAUUGAGGUGAUCAUGGAUGUUGUCUUCAAUCACACAGCUGAAGGGAAUGAAAAUGGUCCAAUUUUGUCUUUUAGAGGCGCUGAUAAUAGUAUCUAUUACAUGCUUGCACCUAAGGGAGAGUUCUAUAACUAUUCAGGAUGCGGUAACACAUUCAAUUGCAACCAUCCUGUUGUGCGACAGUUUAUAGUAGACUGCUUGAGAUAUUGGGUAACAGAGAUGCAUGUGGAUGGGUUCCGCUUUGAUCUUGCUUCUAUUAUGACGAGGGGUAGCAGUCUCUGGGAUGCAACUAAUGUAUACGGAGUUCCAAUAGAAGGUGACUUGUUGACAACUGGAACCCCUCUUGCUAACCCACCAUUGGUUGACAUGAUAAGUAAUGACCCAAUACUUCAUGGAGUGAAGCUUAUAGCUGAAGCAUGGGAUACAGGAGGCCUAUACCAAGUUGGCAUGUUUCCUCACUGGGGUAUUUGGUCAGAAUGGAAUGGGAAGUAUCGUGACACAGUGCGGCAGUUUAUCAAGGGCACAGAUGGAUUUUCUGGCGCUUUGGCUGAAUGUCUUUGUGGAAGCCCUAAUUUAUACCAGGAAGGGGGAAGGAGGCCAUGGAAUAGUAUCAAUUUUGUCUGCGCACAUGAUGGUUUUACUUUAGCUGAUUUAGUUACCUAUAACAAUAAACAUAACCUGGCAAAUGGAGAAGACAACAAUGAUGGAGAGAGUCAUAAUAAUAGCUGGAACUGUGGACAGGAGGGAGAGUUCGUGAGCAUUUCAGUGAAGAAAUUGAGGAAACGACAAAUGCGGAAUUUUAUUGUGUGCCUCAUGGUUUCCCAAGGUGUUCCAAUGAUAUUUAUGGGUGAUGAAUAUGGUCAUACAAAAGGAGGAAACAACAACACAUAUUGCCAUGAUAAUUAUGUAUUUUUCUACACCUUUGUCCAUACUCUUUCUGUCAAACCCUUUUCUUUAUUUAUUAUGGUUGUUGCUGUGCUGCAGAUUAAUUACUUUCGGUGGGAUAAGAAGGAAGAGUCCUCAUUGGACUUUUUCAGAUUUUGCUGCCUUAUGACCAAAUUCCGCCAGGAAUGCGAGUCACUGGGCUUAAAUGACUUCCCAACAGCAGAGAGGCUGCAGUGGCACGGUCAUGCUCCAGGGGUACCAGACUGGUCUGAAAGAAGCCGCUUUGUUGCCUUUACUCUGAUGGACUCAGUGAAGAGAGAGCUGUAUAUUGCUUUCAAUGCCAGCCAUUUACCCGCAACCAUUACACUGCCAGAGAGGCCUGGAUACAGAUGGGAUCCCUUGGUAGACACCAGCAAGCCUGCACCAUUUGACUUCCUUUCUAGUGACCUCCCAGGAAGAGAUAUUGCAGUUAAACAGUACGCUCACUUUCUUGAUGCCAAUUUAUAUCCCAUGCUAAGUUAUUCUUCAAUCAUCCUAUUUCUCUCUCCCGUCGACGAUCCUUAGCUUAAAAGCACAGGUGCAGAACCCAUAUGCCUUGAAGAUAUCACCACAAAAUAAAUUAGUGCAUAUUUAUGGCCUUGUAAUAUGAACCGAGUCAAACAAAUGACAAAAAGGCAGUAAAUAGUUGUGAGUAGAAGAGAUUUUAUGGAAAAUAGUUCACAAAAUACUGUUGGAAGAGGAAAGUUAUGUGAAGUUGUAGGGGGGUGUAUUCAAUUUAGAUUUUAAAAGAUUUUAAAGAAGUUUAAAA